GGGGCGUUGAAGGCGCUCGAGAGGGUGACUGGGGGGGCGAAGGGCGGCGAGAGGGUGAAUGGGGCGGUGAAGGACGUCGAGAGGGUGAAUGGGGUGGCGAAGGUCGUCGAGAGGGCGAACGUCGAUAA